AACUUUUGGGUAAAUCCUAAACCCUUGGGUAAAGAGAUAUUCCAAGGCUUAUGAGUCUAUCCAUGGGUUUAGAAUUUACCCAAUGGUUUAGGGUUUAGUGUUUACCUAAUGGUUUAGGUGUUUAGUAUGAAUGGUUUUAACAAUAUUAAAAAAAUGUUAUUGCUAUUACACUUUUUUAUUUAUUUUCUAUCAUUUAUUUUUAAAAAUAAAUUCUAAAUAUUCUAUUUCCUUUUUGAAAAAAAAUGUAUAUAAAAAACCCAAUUCUCAUUGGUUGGUGAAACCUAAGAAUUUCUCUUAUUUUAAUUAAUUUUCUAUUAUUAUAAAGGAAAUUAUUCCUUUUUUUUUUCCUUAGAGUAAACAAGGACAAACCCUAAAACACCAACAACCGUUUAAGAAAAACCUAUCAUGAUGACGCCCAAAGUGGAGAUGAUCGGUUCCAACAAAACGAUACGCAACGACCCUAUGCUUAUCCUCGACCUGGUUAUAUUGGUCAUGGAACGAUUAAGCUUUGUUGAUUUUCAUAGAGCUAGAUGCGUUUCUUCAGUAUGGUAUUCCGCUUCAAAAUCAUGCCGCAUGAGACAAGCAAACCCAUGGCUCAUCCUCUUUCCUGCAGACGUACUUCACUUACCUCUGGAAAGCAUCGACGAUUCAUGUAAGUUGUUCGACCCUAUUGACCACAAAACAUACACCGUAAGAGAUCUCGGUUCUGAUAUCCUUAGGACUUCUUGUUUGGCAAGUUACAAUAGCUGGUUCCUCAUGUUAGACCGUAAAACCCGUUUUUAUCUUUUGAAUAUGCUCACUCGAGAGAGGAUUCAUCUCCCGUUUCUUGAUUCAAUGGAAUCAACCGACGGAUCAAAGUUGAAAUUCAAGAGAAAUUUUGACUCUAGUUUCACGGUUACAACAUUCCGUUACAAUAACGUACCAUUAUUAUCAACGUGCUUUGGAAUAGACGCUGCCGUUUUGUGGGUAGAUGAAAGAAACAAAGAUUAUCUAGUUGUGUGGGCUUUUGAUCGCACUCUUGCAUAUCACAAGAAAGGAGACGAUAGCUGGAGGGUGUUUCGGUCAUCAACGAAUCAAAGCUGCGUCGAUAUGGUUUUUAAAGAAAGCAAGCUUUACGUGCUUGUUGAAGACGGAAGCAUCACUACUUUUGAUUUCUCUUGCGGUGAUUCUCCUAUGGAAUUUGCAAGUUUCACCACGUCACCAGAGUGUUGUGACUUCGAACAUCUUGCUGUGACUUUGUCUGGACAAGUUUUGGCUAUUUCAAGUGAGGAGAGACACUCAUAUGACAUGUACAAGAUGGAUCCUAAAUCAUCAAAAUGGAGUAUAAUCAAGUCUCUAGGGGACGAAGCAUUGCUUUUGGAUCAACGAAUAACGGUUCCAGCCAAAGAUGGAGUUUUGAAAAAUUGCUUAUAUUGUAGUUAUAGUGAUCAGUUUCGUAGAGACGAUGAUUAUAACCUACGGGAGGAUGAUAACGGCAUUUGCGUCGUCAAUAUUCAGACCAAUAAUGAAGUUCAAUUGUUCAACCAUCUUACUGCUUCGUCGCCACUACCUUUCAAGGAUGCUCGUUGGUUUAUUCCCACUUUUGGUGGAAAAUGAUUACUUUAAAUUAAUUUACUUAUCUUUUUCGUAAGGCUGAAUGAUUUUUUUUUUC